CUUCUCCAAAUUGCUGAUGGGCGCGCUGGUUCCUUCAAAUUCAUCGCGAACCUUUUUUAUUCCUUGCACAUCACUUCCAAUUUCCAAUCCACCGCCAAGCAAGCAAACAACUAGCUAGCUAGCAAGUCCCACAAAUCACAAAACACUCCAAACAACAUCGUAACAACUACUAGACUAGACUAGACUAGACUACAAGCCCAUAGGGAUCGACGAUCAGUAGACAACUCAACUCAACUCAACUACACAAUUGAGCAAAGAGCAAACGGCAGCAGCACGUGCCUUAAGUAAUUCAAAAAGAGAAGAGAUCCGCCACAAGUUGCCGUUUCUUUUUAGUUUAGGUAAAGCCACACCAAGAUAUCUUUUUCUAAACUCCACCACAAGAUGCAACCUUUCCCCACUACCGGUACUACCAGCACGCUUUUGCUGUCAGCGCUGCUUUACCUGUUGGGCACAGCUACAGCUACCACCAAUGCCGAGGCUGCUGGUACUGGUGGCCAAGUCUCUCCAUUUAGUACAUCACAUUCCAGACAGAGUCAACUUCCUGUUCCAUUGCGAAUGAGAAAAUUGCAGUCAGAGACUGGAUGGGUGCAGGUGGGACAGCAAAUUGAAGGUGCAGCUGCUGGUGACCAAUCUGGAUACAGGGUCGCAAUCAAUGACGAUGGAACCAGAAUUGCCAUUGCGUCUCCAGAGUAUGACGGAACUAAUGGAGCCGUCACGGGAUUGGUCAGGGUAUAUCAGUAUUCCGUGGGCACCCAGCAGCAGUGGACACCCGUAGGAAACGCUUUGGAAGGUCUGGAAGGAGAGGGAAUUGGUGAAGGCAUGAGUCUAUCGGGAGAUGGAAACACUGUUGCCGUGGGAACAUUCGACCUUUUCCCAUACGACGGAAGCGUACUCAUUUUCCGAUUCAUUGGAGAUCAAUGGGUAUUGCUCAUAGAAUUAUUCGGAUCUUCAGAACGCGAUAGAUUUGGAGGAGCCAUUUCACUCAACUUUGAUGGGACUCGCAUCGCUAUUGGAGCCGCUACACAUGAUGGAGUCGUUGGAGACCGACGAGGACAAACGCAAGUAUGGCAACAGGUGGGCGAUGCCUUCACGUGGGAAAAGGAAACUCAAAUUGAGGGAGUUCUAAAUGGGGACCGUAGUGGACAUGCCGUGGCUCUAUCGGGUGCUGGUGAAACGGUCGCCAUUGGAGAAAUCACUGCCGAUCCAAACGGGCUUUCCAGUUCGGGAACUGUCGUCAUCUUCAGAAGGAUUGAUUCACUCUCGGGAUGGAACCAGCUGGGGGCCGAGAUUGCUGGAGUCAACGCAGGAGACCAAAAUGGAUAUUCCGUUGCCAUAUCAUACGACGGGAACACUGUAGCAGCAGGGGCGCCCUAUCAUUCCUCACAGGCUUCACAAGCGGGAAUGGUCAGAGUCUUCGCAUAUGAUGCCACCGCCAAUAGCAACAACGGCGGCUGGGUGCAAAAGGGGAACACACUCUAUCCUACCACUGCCGUGGCGUCAGCCAAAUUUGGAAUGUCCGUGUCGCUGUCGUCGGAUGGUCUGGUUCUCGCUGUCGGAGAACCAAAUGAAACCGGAAUCGGAAAAACUACAAUCUAUCAGUACAAUGCCGACUUUGCGACUUGGGAUCUAGACACAACCCUCUCCAAAGGAUCAGCUGCUGAUUCCUUUGGUGGUGCGGUUGCUUUGAGUGGGGAUGCCACUCACGUCAUUGUCGGAAGCCACCUAGCGGAUAGAACUGGUGCCAUUGACAGUGGCGUCACGCGGGUAUAUCAGUUCACAAGCAGUGAUUGGCUCUUGUCGGUGACCAGUUUUCAGACUGAUUUUGGUGGCGGAACAGACCCAGAGUUCGCACUGACGUUUCUUGGAUCGGCUCCCACUGCAGUAGCCGGAAGAACAUACAGAGUCAACAUGUUUGUGCCUCCCUGCGCUUUGGAAGGGACAGCAACUGACAACGCCGUGUCUCCGGUAACUUCAACCGGAACCAUUCCAAAUGCUGAUACCUUCAACCUGGUCACGCAGCUACGUGUGGAUACUGGACUCCUCUCCACCACGGGGUCAGAUUACUAUGUUGACAAGGGCGUCGGCAAAGGACAGCUUUCCUUCUGUUUGAAAAUGGAAGUGUUGGAGGGGACUACAGUCAAGGUAGAUCGUAUUGCCGAUAUCGUCGUUCAAUUGGACAUGGGUCAAGGCUUUUUGGUGGAGAAUUUUGUCUCUCGAAGUGGAGGGAGCGGCAAGACGGACAUUCGCGAAGAUGUUCAGUUCAAUUACGCCUUCAACACGUACUUCUGCGACGAGUUCGGCUCCAAUAUCGAGGGAGGCACCACUACUGCCGUUGCACCUGGUGGAGAGGUAUCAGUCUGCUUGGAAGCCGUGACUGGCCAGGGCGUAAAGGUUGUAGACCUCAAGGAUGUCAGCUUUGGAAACACGCAGGCACCGCUGCUUGGCGUCGAGCUCAUUAACAGUGCGGGAACCCCCAUCUUGGGAACGACAACCAAAGAGUGCGAUGCGACUACUGGCAAGUGCCGCGUGGCCGCCCUCACGAUUCCUAGACUUUACGAAUAUGUGGACUCUUCGGGCACUGUUCAAAAUGUGGCCGCUGGUGUUUCGAUGGAAGGGACAGUGCUGUUUGACUUUACCUCCGUUCGGGACCGUCACUUGCAAGGAACCAGCGAUCCGCAAACCGUGGAAGCCCGUUUCAGGGUCAGGCUCGACUUGGCCAGCCCACCGGACCGCUCCAAUCGGGAAUCAUCGUCAUCUAAGCGUUCCUUUGCCGUCGGUUUCGCUGGCCUCUUGAGCGUCGCUUUUGUUUCCAUCUUCUUCGUUUGAACGUGCGACGGGGCCAUGUUCCUUUUGUAGGACUAAGUGGUCACUCAAGCCGGCCACAACUAGAGCGCGGUAGCUAGAUUGUUUUUUAGUAAUAGAUUCUUUAUCAACGGU